AUGUCAGAAUUAACUCCACCCCUUCAACAAUCAACAGCAUCUGCUACGACAACAGAUGAUAGCAAAAAGAGAACUCGUGUUACACCUUCUCAAUUAAGUGUCUUGGAAGAGACAUUUAAUGUGAGUGCUACACCUGAUUCAAAGAUGAGAAAGCAAUUAGCAUUCAAAUUACAAAUGCCAGAGAGAUCCAUUCAGAUUUGGUUCCAAAAUAGAAGAGCCAAAGUCAAAAUGUUACAACGAAGAGUCCUGUUACGUCAAGAACAAGAAGCUGCCAGAGCUCGAUUAUGUGCUGAAGCAACAUCGCAACAUGGCUAUCCAUACUGGUACUCACAUCUACCAAACAGACAACAGAAGCUACCUAUUCAUCGUGCCUGGAGUACGGACAUGGUACCCAACUCUGCUUAUCCUCCUCCUCCACCCCCUCCUCCACUCUCCCAAAUGUUCCAGCAUCAACAACACUACGAUCAUCCGCCAUCGAUUUCUGUUACAGGCCCAUCAGCAACGAGUGAAUUGGAAGAAGACAUUUACAGCCUCACUGUUUCACCUUCACCUACCCCACAAUCAUUCAUUAGCAAUAACAGCGGAUUGCCCAAGAGAAUGGAGAGUGAACCCUUAACAUCGACUAGCUUCAUGAGUCAAAACACAACCGGUUUAAUUACUGCUACUGCAGUAACAGUUGGAUCCUGGCAUAGAAUGAAGAUCAGUCAACAGGAUUUAAUGUGUUAUUAUAAAUUAAAUGAACGUGCUUUCUCCUGGCAUAUUCGUGACAGUAAUUAUCAUUUCAAAAUGAUGAUAUCAUUUGACAACAUUGCAUCGAUUGAAUUAAAUGUAUUAGACGACCAUAUUUCAGCUCAAAUCGAUAUGGAUUUAGUCGAAGCCCCUAUCUUCUUUAUGGAAAACAACUCAAGUUGGGUUCAAUGCAGUGAUUUCACUGAAGGCAUGCAAGCAUCCGUUGUUCUGCGUCAUACUGUGCGCGGUUUGGCUGCUGAUCUUCGUCAAGAGUUAUUAGCCAUCGCGGGUAUGGAUGAACGAUUAUGUCAAUUAACAAGAUUUCCGACUGCUGUGGAUAUGAUGAUGCCUCCUCCCUCGUCCACGUCAAUGCACCACCACCAUCAUGCUAUUGCCGCCGCCGCCGCCGCUGCUGCUGCCUCUGUAGCUGCCUCGUCGCAUCAAUCUAUGGAACAGGCUUUCAUGAUGCAACAACAAGAGCCCCACCAACAAAAUUGGAGACACCAAAGUCUACCUUUAUCCUCUGCUAGAGAAUACUGGAUCCCUCCUUAUCCCAUCUAA